AUGGCACCCACCGUCUCUGAUGCCCUCCUCGACUCGGAGCUGACCUUUGCGUCGCCCCCAUUCAGCACUCUUCUGGACGCGCGUGUCCUCCGUGCACUCGCCGACCAGAAGUUUGCCCACCCGACUCUUGUGCAGGCCAAGGCCAUCCCCCUUCUCCUCGAGGGCAAGGAUGUCCUCGCCCGCGCUCGUACUGGUAGCGGCAAGACUGCCGCCUACUGCGUGCCUGCUGUGCAGCGCGUUCUGGAGCUGAAGGGCGCUACCACCCCUGCCAGCCCAGACUACCAGGCCACUCGCGCAGUGGUUCUGGUCCCCACCCGCGAGCUCGCGAUCCAGGUCACCAACUUUGUCAAGUCGAUCACGACCUACUGCGAGGGCCUCGUGACUGUCGUCAACGUCGCUGCCGGCGGCGCCAAUGUUCAGCGUGUGCUUCUGAACGACAACCCCGAUGUCGUUGUCGCCACGCCGUCCAAGCUCCUUGCUCUGCUGCAGAGCAAGAGCGUCGACCUCACUCGCCUCGCCUUCCUUGCCAUCGACGAGGCCGACCUUCUCCUCUCGUACGGCCACAAGGAUGACCUCACCCGCAUCAUGGACCCGGCCAUGGGCUUUGUCCCCAAGCUCGGUGUCCAGGGAUGCCUCAUGAGUGCCACCCUCAGCGAGGAGAUUGACAGUGUCAAGGGCCUGGUUCUGAGGAACCCUGCCAUUUUGACUCUGUCCGAGCCCGCCACCUCGUCCGCCCUCCUCACCCAGCACUUUACCUACACCUCUGAGCGCGACAAGUUCCUCCUCAUCUACGUUCUUCUCAAGCUUAAGCUUAUCAAGGGCAAGUCGAUUGUCUUUGUCAACGACAUUGAGCGUGGCUACCGCCUGCGUCUCUUCCUCGACCAGUUCGGCAUCAAGUGCUGCGUCGUCAACUCGGAGCUUCCCCUUGCGAGCAGGUACCACGUGGUCGAAGAGUUCAACCGUGGUGUCUACGACGUUGUCAUCGCCACCGACGAGGCCGCUCCCGGUGACGUCGAUGCCGAGGAUGUCGAGGCCGAGGAGGAGGAGGAGGCUGAGGAGGAGGCCGAGCAGGCAGAGGACGAGUCUCCCGAGGACACCAACGCCGAGGCCGGUCCCUCCAAGCGCCGCGCCAGCUCCCCUGCCGGUGCCCCCACCAAGCGUCGCCGCGGCAACGCUGGCUCGAUGGCCCGUGGAAUCGACUUUACCGCCGCUUCGUCGGUCAUCAACUUUGACCUGCCGACCAACGCCACCGCCUACCUCCACCGUGUUGGCCGCACUGCCCGUGCCGGUCACUCUGGUCUCGCCCUGUCAUUUGUUGUGCCCCGUGAGAAGUGGGGCAAGGAGAAGGGUGUCAGCCUGAAGACGGCUGAGAGGGACGAACUUGUCUUUGGCCGCAUCCGCGCCCGCGUCAAGUCGGAGGGCGGCGGCGAGCUCAAGGAGUGGGACUGGGGAGGCCGACGAGGCGAGAUUGAGGGCUUCAGGUACCGUAUGGAGGACGCUCUCCGUGCGGUCACCGCGAAGCGUGUGUCGGACGCCCGCCGCGAAGAGGUUCGCCGCGAGCUGCUCAACUCGGAGAAGCUCAAGCAGCACUUUGCCGCCAACCCGCUCGACCUGGCGUUCCUCCGCCACGACGCGCCGCUGCACGCCGGUCGCUCGAGCUCGCACCUCAAGCACGUCCCUGGCUACCUGAUGCCCCGCAUUGCCGCUAUUCCGGCGUCGGGUGACGUCGCCGAUGGCCAACACAUUGGCUUCGCCAAGCGCGGGGGUGGGCGCGGAGGACGCGGUGGCCGCGGCGGCCGUGGAGGGGCCUCGAGGGGCAAGGGCCGCAAGGUGGACCCCCUCAAGUUCAAGGGAUGA